AUGAGAUUGUUGACACCGCUGCCUAUUUUAAUUUCUAGCGAUUAUCUGUUCAAGCUUUUGUUGAUCGGUGACUCCUCUGUUGGAAAAUCAUGCCUCCUUCUUCGAUUCGCUGAUGAUGCUUACAUCGACAGUUACAUUAGUACUAUCGGUGUUGACUUCAAAAUUAGGACUAUUGAGCUGGAGGGGAAGACCAUUAAGCUGCAAAUCUGGGAUACUGCAGGGCAAGAACGUUUCAGGACCAUCACUAGCAGCUACUACAGAGGAGCUCAUGGAAUCAUUAUUGUGUACGACUGUACUGAGAUGGAAAGCUUCAACAACGUGAAGCAGUGGUUGAGUGAGAUUGACAGAUAUGCUAAUGAGAGUGUUUGCAAGCUUCUUAUUGGUAACAAGAAUGAUAUGGUUGAAAGCAAAGUUGUUUCCACCGAAACUGGAAAGGCGUUAGCAGAUGAGCUUGGAAUUCCAUUUCUUGAGACCAGUGCUAAGGAUUCUAUCAACGUCGAACAAUCAUUCUUAACUAUUGCUGGCGAGAUCAAGAAGAGAAUGGGAAGCCAGCCGAAUGCAAACAAGGCUUUAGGAAGUGGAACUGUUCAGAUGAAAGGUCAGCCAAUUCUACAGAACAAUGGCGGUUGCUGCAGUAGUAGUUAAGCAAAGUAUUAUCAAAAACUAUGUGAGACUUACUUUUUCUGUUCUUACUAUGUGUUGUGAAAACCAAUGGCUGUCGAAAAACAACAACUGAAAACUUUAAUAUUUCAUGUCACUGUGUUCGAAUAAUCAAUGGUGUUGUUAGUUGCUAUAUUCAUGUCUUAGUAUAGAUACAUCUUGACAUUUGAUUACAUAACUCUAUGUUCCUCUUAUGCUAUUGUUUAGAUAUAUUGAUAUGUUUCAUUCG